AUGGAGAAAUUUCAACUGCUCAUCUCCUCAGGACCCCUCCCUGAGGGAAAUUUCUACUUUGGGUGUCAAUUACUCCACAGGUCACCUCUGGCUGCACGCUCAAUAAGUACGAUUGAAAGGAAAAAAGACAUUCAGACCCAGCAGCGCUGUCUGUCCCUGCCUCUUGGGGAACCAGGUCGGGCAGCAGGCCGGGCGGGCUUGGGCCGCGAACCCAACUGGAGGAGGGUGGGCCGGUGCUGCGAGGACCAUGUGGCUGUGGUUGUGGCUGUGUUGCGGGUGGCGGCGGCGGUGCUGUGGCGGCUGUGGCGUUGGCAGCGGGAGCAACAGAUGGUGGGGCAGCUGCAUGACCGGUUCGUGCUCAUCACGGGCUGCGACUCGGGCUUCGGCUACCUGCUGGCCACAAAGCUGGACCAGCGCGGGCUGCGGGUGCUGGCCGCCUGCCUGACGGAGCGCGGGGCCGAGCGGCUGCGGCAGGAGGCGUCCGGGAGGCUGCAGACGGUGCUGCUCGACGUGACCCGACCUGAGAGCGUCCGGGCGAUGGCCCAGUGGGCCCAGGAGACCGUGGGCGAGCGAGGGCUCUGGGGCCUGGUGAACAACGCGGGCAUCGCCAUGCCAGUGGCCCCCAACGAGUGGUUGACCAAGGAGGACUUCGUCAAAGUGCUGGACGUCAACCUCCUGGGGCUGAUCGACGUGACGCUCACCCUGCUGCCCCUGGUCAAGCGGGCCCGAGGCCGCAUCGUCAACGUGUCCAGCGUCCUGGGCCGCCUGUCCCUCUUUGGCGGCGGCUACUGCGUCUCCAAGUUUGGUGUGGAAGCCUUCUCAGACAGCCUGCGGCGUGAACUUUUUCCCUUCGGUGUCAAAGUGGCCAUCAUCGAACCGGGCAACUUCCGGACCCAAAUCCUACCGCCGGAAAACGUGCACACGUUGGUAGCCACCAUCUGGAGCCGUGCUCCCCCCGGGGCCAGGGAGAGCUAUGGGGAUGUCUACAUGGAGAGCUAUUGGCGGGGCCUGGAGCGCCUUAUUUCCGGGGGCCAGACCGACCUGGCCCCAGUGUAUGGCAGCAUGACCCACGCGCUGACGGCUGUCCACCCUCGGAGCCGCUACGUUCCUGGCCGCGACGCCCGGUUCAUCUAUCUGCCCCUGUCCUAUCUGCCCACAUCACUGAGCGACCUCCUGCUCAGAGGCUUCCUGAGCAACAUGCGCCCGGCACAGGCCAAUUAGCAUGCAGAGGCCGGGUUAGGGGCGUGCUGUGCCUGUCUGGGGAUGGGGGGUCAGGUGUAUAUGGUGGGGAGGGAUCAGGUACGAGGCCGGUGGGCCCUAAGCCAUGGGACCCCCCGGCCCACCCCCCCGGGACCCUUUCCCCUUAUAAAGAAAGAGAAUUCUAAA